UCUCGCGAGAGUGUGCUUGCAUUUGAGCAGCUGAGCAAAUGUACUCAAAAUCAAUUGAUUUCUAUGAGCUGAACCCACAAAUUAGUCCUUUAAUAGCUGAAACCAAUGGAAACUAAUGUUUAUUGUUUAGGUCAAUUUUAGCCAACAUUUUAUCACUCUGAAUAUUUAGUUAAUUUUAAUAUGGAGGUAGUGGAGACAGCAGAGGAGCUGUUAGCUAAGCAGCAUCGCAAGGAAAAGAAAGAUAUGCAAGAUGUGUUUUUGUUUCUUAGCAAAAAUACAAAGUAUGAAAAAUGCUGUGCCCAAAAAUGACAAGAAGAGGAGGAAACAGUUGACUGAGGACAUUGCCAGAUUAGAGGCUGAGCUCAUCCAAAAACACGAAAAUGAACUGAAACAACUUCAGAUCUCUUCUACGGCAGAGGAGGUUUCAAAUACAUUGGAUUCAAUGAGCUUGUCAAAUAAUGAGGAAAAAACAGAUGCAACGCAAGCUAGGACAUCUAAAGCUCAGAAGAGACGGGACAAAAAGGCUGCUUUUGAGAAGGAACGGGAGGUGCGGAUCGCUGAGGCAGAGGUGGAGAAUCUUACUGGCUCCCGUCAUCAGGAGGGUCUGAAGCUGAGACAGAAGCUGGUGGAGAGGCACCUUCAGGUCAAAGAGAUCUCCUCUGAUGGACACUGCAUGUACCACGCUGUGGAGGAUCAGAUGAUGGAGCGAGGCUGCUCUCUCAGCCUCAAAGAGCUUCGGGCUCAAACAGCUCAGUACAUGAGAAGCCACUCCGAUGACUUCCUGCCUUUCCUUACUGACCCCAAUACAGGAGACAUGUACACUGCAGAUGAGUUUGAGAAGUACUGCAGUGAUGUGGCAGACACAGCUGCUUGGGGUGGACAGUUAGAGUUGAAAGCCCUUUCACAGGUCCUCCAGCUUCCGAUCGAAGUUAUUCAGGCAGAGUCCCCCACUAUUAUUAUUGGUGAAGAAUAUGGCAAUCCACCAAUCACACUCAUUUACAUGCGGCAUGCAUAUGGACUUGGUGAGCACUACAACUCUGUGGAACCCCUGAAAGAUUUAGCAAAUGAGGAAGAGGGCUGAUCCAAUCAGUGACGCACAUUAAUACAGUAUAUGCAGCUGUGCAUAAUUCAUUAGCCUGUAGAAAUGGAUCUACUGAAAUUUUGUUCAGUUUUGAUUGGAGCAGCUAAAUUGAACUUGUUCUCUCAAGAUGCUCAUAGAAGAUGCUUCAAUAACACAAGGCGGCAACUUUGGUUGCAGUGAAUAAGCUUAAUGUAAUAAUAAUCCAUGCUUGCCAAUGCUAUUCAUGAAUUGUCUGAACUGUAUUAUAAUGUGCAUUGUGUUGUUUACAAAAAAACUACAUAUCAGCAUAUAUAUAUAUAUAUCAUAUAAAGUAAUUUGCUCUAUGAGGUGCUGGAUCAUGUAAAGUGCAACAUGCUGAAUUCAUUGUCUUGGAAUAAAAAUAACUUUUUAUCAAA